GCGGUCGGGAGACCAGCCUGACAGAACCUGAACAAAAAUUCUUCGAAAAAACAUAAAUAUCUCGGAAUUGGUUCAGUAGAUUUCAUUGAUAUAUCGCCUGCGUGAUCUGAAGCAGAAAAGCCCAACAGGAACUGAAGCACACACAGCCUAAUCAUGCCGAUCUCUCGUGUCCCCAUCCUGCAUAAGUUUGGGAUCAUCUCGCACAGUCAGAGGCUAGAGCUGCAGGAGCGUCUUCUGAAGCAGUCGUACCUCCAAGCAGUCGGAACAAAACCAGCUGCGUCCCAAGCGAGGAACCCAAUAGAAGUAACCGACGAGUUUAUCAAUCAGUAUAACUCGUCGCGUUCGUUUGACGAGAAGGAAAAACUGGAGGAGCUGGCUCAUAAGAUGCUGGAGAGAAUUAAGAGGAGAGCAGGGCUUCGAGAUGGUGGCAAAGGUGGCCAUGUCGACCUUCCGAUAGCUUGGACUGAACUAUCUCAACUUGCACAGUGCAAGGGGGUCAUACAGGAAGACUGUCUUGAUGUUCUCAUCAGCUCCCUGGACCAAGCUCCCCUCGCAAAAGCGCACAUCCCGGCCCUAUUCUACCUGGCAGAGACCUGUCUAUACUGGCUGAGAACCGAUGCCGUCAACCAACCGUAUCUGAGGACCGGUGAGAUCAAACUGUUGAAGAUGGGCCAGUUAGUAUUUACACGAUUGUUUUACCACCACAUGGCAGGACAGCUUCAGGGGCAGAAUGAUUUCAAGGGCAGGCUGUUCACGUACCUGGACGGUUUUGCUGAAUGUCAAGAAGCGUACAACCCUUACCCAAAUGCCUUGCUCUCACUUCGAUACAUCAACGAGGUCGGCAAGAUUGUCAUCGGUGACGCCAAUAUCGAACCUGGUGAAAUCAAAGAAGGAGACGCGCUCGACAAACAGAGUUUGAUUGAAAGUCUUCACAGCAGUAAGGAACGCAGGAGCUCCACUAAAAAUAGCACAUCUGUGAACACUGCCAAGGACCAAUUCCGGGAGGUGUCAGCAAAUUAUGAACCAACCACUGCACAGACUUCCAAAAGUGGUGCGCUGAGUUCGAGCGUCCAUGAUCUGAGCCCGACGCUAUGGCACACCCUCGAUGUGUGGCGGUGCAGUAAUAGUCUCGGUGGGGGAUUGGAUGAGGCUGUGUACGCCAUGUCACAGUGUGGGAAGGGCAUGGCUCAGGAGAACUGGGUGGAUGCAAUGUGCGCGUUAAGCGUCUUGGCCGAGGCCGCGAAGACAAACCUGUAUGUUCUGAAGGCGAUGCAGAAUCUUGCCCGGGGGAUGAAGCUCCAGUCGCCCAAACCGUCGUUACCGCGGCAACAGUCGACGCACUAUGAGACCAUCACCACAGGUUACACAGAGGAAAACAUCAGCGUCUGCUCAGAUGUCUCCGUUGCUUCUCAAACAAGCCACCAGUCGCUGAGCGACAUCUAUGAACGCACGGAAGAGGAUACGAAUUCCGUCAAAGAUUCGUUGACAUCGGAAAGAGCUGUGUCGGGAAAAUCGCAGAAAUCGGGAUCACAGAAAUCCCGGGAAUUGUCAGUGACGUCUGAAGCUCAAGCGGAUAUCGGUCUUGAAAGUGUUGAAAAGUUUGUGGAAGAGACUAAAGAGGGGGCAGUUAGAGCAGACGAUAAUAAACUUUUGGCACCAGACGGCAAUCUUGGCUCACGAUCGAAAGAGGUUUCAUUCGAUGUUAAUUUGACUGACGGUGAAAAGGAUAUUUCGUCAAAACAGGGCGAUCAGCUUGGCGAGAUUGGGAAUGUGGGAUCAGGGAAAAUUGAAGGUCAAGGGUCGGUUUACGACGGUCUGCCGGGGACUGGCUUGAAUGCCGAGGCCGGGACGGAUCUACCGAGCGGACGAGUGUCACAGGCCAGCAGUGUACCAACUUAUACCAACACCCCUUUUCCCAACAUUUACGGCCUCCAUGGCUGGCACUGGGAGGUCGGAAUCUCCUACACCGAGCUGAUGGCCGACAUCGUCCUACACGGUAAAACCUCAAACCUUCAAAAGAGGGCGCUGGUCGGGAACAAUACGGAAUAUGACGGGAUUCACAAGAGGGAAACGUUCAAACAUCCGAUGAAAAGUGCAGGGCUUCUGGAUUUGGUGAAUUUCAAGGCUGCUAAGGAGUCAGAUGAUAACAGUCCUAACGACUGGAGUUGGCGCAUCCGUUACACAGCUCUUCAGGGCCUGGUGAAGAUCUGCAGAUGUUGUGCCGGAGAUAAGAAUAAGGAUGGCAUCCGCACGGUUGCUUGGACGGCUCUGAUGCGUGCUCAGAGCGUGGAGGUGGACGACAGGGUGUUGGAGGCAUUGAAGGUCGGACAGGUAGAUGCAAACAUUGAGAAUCUGAUAUCAAAACAUCUCACCGUGACCCAGAGUGCCAUCGGUGCAAAAAUCGCAGCCGCACUCGCGAAGAUGUACCUGCCUCCCCUCCCCCCACCGGUCGAGACUAAAUCCACGACUCCUCAGCGAGUGAGGCCGAAACUCUCCACGCAAACUCCGUCCACGAAAGCGCAGCAGAAGAAACAGCCGUUGAGGACGACGUUAAAGGAGGAGUUGAUGCUGGCGUCCGUUAAUCAGGAAAGACCUGCCGACUAUAAUACUAGGACUGGGUUUGAUUUGAAGAGGAUGGUUGAAGACCAGUGGCGCAAAGAGCUCCAGUCACACCUCGAAGAGGAGGAGAAGGAUCGAAUCAAGGGUCUGGCGCUGGAGCAGAAGGCAGAUGAGGAGGCCGCCAGACAGCGUGAGAUUAAAAAGAUGGAGAAACUAAAGGGGAAGGCUUCGCGGGUACCUGUCACUUAGAAUAUUAUAAAUGAACGUUAAAGACAUUUGGGAAACAUUACGCCAAUUCUUUUAGCUUCGAAUUGCGUGUUUAGGCCUCUCGAGAAAAAUAUCGUGCACAUUCCUUUACCGGUAGGAGGACUUCCUGACUUUUGACAUAAUGAUUGAAGACCAUCUAUCAAAAUCUGUGAUAGGUUUUUAAAAGUGUAUUUCUGUGUGAUAAGUUCUUUUUGUUGGCAUUAAGUCCAACCUUUUUGGACUCUAACUAUAUCCGUCUGUUGGCUGAUGAUAAGCAGAUGAGGGGAGGGUGGGGUGGGGUUAAGCUAAGGGGCUUGUUUGGAUCAAUCUGUCAUAAGAUGAGAAAGAAAGUCACUGUGAUAUUUCAUUUAUGCUGCAUUAUAAUGUUAAUGACUAUGAUCAGUUAUGUGUAUAGAAGAGAAGUAUGAUAUUAU